AUGACAGUAUCAACAUUUAGAUCAAAUGUUGAAACAUUUGGAAGGUUAUCUCGAAGAAAGAAGUCACUCCGUAUGUUAGAGGAGGAGAUGGACAAACCCAUCGUCAUCGAUGGAAACGGUCAGAAGCUAAAGAGAUGUCUGAGUGUAUUGGAUCUACUGGCUUUUGGAGUUGGUGCAAUCAUUGGAUCCGGAAUUUUCGUGUUGACAGGUGUUGCCGCCAAAGAAAAAGCGGGACCUGCCAUUGUCCUUUCCUAUGUAGUUUCUGGAUUUGCAUGUGCUCUCUCAGGUCUCAGUUAUGCCGAGUUUGCCACUAGAGUACCGAGUUCCGGUUCCACUUAUUCCUACUCCUAUAUUGUAGUCGGAGAAUUGGUCGCCUGGAUCAUCGGUUGGGAUUUAACAUUGGAGUACAUGAUAGCAAGUGCGACUGUAGCGCGUGGAUGGAGCGGGUAUCUCUCAUCGAUUAUCACAGCGGGUGGCGGAUACUUGCCGCAUCCAUUUAAUCCCAUCUCUCUGGCAAGUGGUUUCUCAUUGGAUCUAAUUGCAUUCCUAUCGGUAGUGCUGCUGACGUUGGUCACUGCUUUCGGAAUGAAAGAAUCAGCACGAUUCAACAAGAUAUUCGUCGCCAUUAAAGUUGCCAUUGUCCUGUUUGUCAUUAUUGUUGGAUCAUUCUACACCGACACCAAGAACUGGGACAACUUUACACCAUUUGGUGCCAAGGGUAUCUUCAACGCCGCAGCUAUCACCUUCUUUGCCUAUCUGGGAUUCGACGGAGUUUGUAACGUAGCUGAAGAAGUAAAGAAUCCACAACGUGAUCUUCCAAUCGGUAUUCUUGGAUCACUUGGUAUUUCAACUGUUUUAUAUGUUGGAGUAGCAAUUGUUUUAACUCUUAUGGUUCCAUAUACAAAUAUGGAUGUAAAUGCACCUGUUUCUCAAGCAUUUGGAGAUCAUGGAUUGAAAUGGGCGGAAAUCAUUGUGAGUAUUGGUGCUUUUGCAGGUUUGACAACUGCACAACUCUCUGGAUUACUGAGUCAACCGAGACUAUAUUUUUCAUUGAGCAGAGACGGAUUGCUUCCAAAGUGGUUCUCUUACAUUCACCCAAGAUUCAAGACUCCAUUCUACUCGACCAUCUUCACCGGUGUUUGUGCAGCUGUUAUUGCAUUGUUUGUUGAAAUCGAUGUUCUCGCCGACAUGGUUUCUAUCGGUACACUGCUGUCUUUCACUUUGGUCUCUACUUGUGUCUUGAUUAUGCGUUAUCCCGUUAUAACAGACAAGUCUCAGUCUACCUCGAAAUGGAUAGUUCGUGACUUCCCACUGUUCCUCCAACGCCCAAUGUACCUGUGCAUCAUGAUUGCCGUUCUCUCUGGAAUUUGCACAGCCGGAUACUCACACGAUCUCCACUAUUCGGUGAUCAUCGUUUUCGGAGUGCUCGCACUCAUUCCCAGUGCCAUUGUUUUCUUCUUGGUGCCAGACAAUAUUCCACCUGGAUUCAAAUGUCCAUGGGUUCCAUUCCUCCCGAUUCUCUCGAUCUGGGUCAACAUGUACCUGAUGGUGUCACUCAGCUGGGAGACCUGGGUUCGUCUCGUUGUUUGGCUGGUCAUCGGAUUGCUUAUCUACGUGUUCUACGGCCAGAAACAUUCGCGUGUCGGGCGCGAAGCAGAGAUGAUCGAUAUUGACGACAAGUACGACGAAGAACUCACUCACUACGACACAGAGAAACCAGAGAAAGAUGAUAUCAAUCUCAAUGUAAAUACAAACAACUCAACAGUAGUAGCCAACUCGGUGUCACACGACAUUCCACUUGACACCUCGACAGACACCACCAACACAACAUCCGGAACAACCAACAGCGAUAGCAAAUCAUCAUCAUCAUCAACAUCAUCAUCUUACUUAUCAUCACCAAGAACAACCGUCAUCGACACAACAAACAACGAAGAGGUAUUACCAAGACCAAGCUCAACACUUACCAACACCAACGCUGAUUUCAAUCAUCAAGAUGAUCAAAAACAAUCGAUCAUCGAUCAUUAUAAUAAUUCAGAUUAA